CAAAUAAUUUGAGUUUAGCAAGUGACAAGGUUUUCUAUUCUUGGAAAGGAUCUCCUCUACAUAAUGCCAGCUUAUCACUCCAAGUUUAAUGAUGAGGAGAGCCCGAUGAUUGGAAACAUUGCUUUCUUACCACUCCGUACUACUGUUAAGGGUCCUGCACCUCGUACAGCCUUCGCAGAUAGCGAAGAAGAUAUCAUAGACGAAACCCUCAACUACUUCAAAGCUAACGUGUUCUUCAAAAACUACGAAAUUAAGGGAACCUCAGACCGACUGAUGAUUUACCUGACCCUCUAUGCUACCGACUGUAUUGUUAAACUACAAAAGAGUCCCAGCAAGAACCAAGCUAUAAAGGACAUGUACUCUCUUGCUAUCUCCCGCUUUUCUCUUCCUGGAGAAGCUGGAUUUCCUCUUAACUCUGUAUAUGCUAGACCUCAAGGGGGAGAAGUCGAAAAGAUGAGGAGUUAUUUGACUCAGUGCAGACAAGAAUUAGGACAACGUAUGGUUGAAAAGGUAUUUGGUGACAGUGACAAGCCCAGCAAGUGGUGGACAUGCUUCUCCCGCAGAAAGUUCAUGGACAAAACCCUAACUCCUCUUGGACAACAUAUUUGAGAUUCUCGAUAUAAAACUGAGUUUUGUGAUAUUACAAUUCACCUCCUACAUGCACUGUUUUGUAAGACGAUUAAAGUAUCAUGAAAAUAAUGUAGAUUGGCAGUACUAGUGAACUGAGUUUUUAUUUUAUAUUUUCCACUGGUUAAAGGGGUCAAGGUUAAAAGUAGAUCUUCAGAAAUUGAUUAGUAGGUUUAAUGUUACGAUACCAAUUUGCUUUCACUUGUACCACUUUCACAACUAUGAACUAUCCAUAUUAUUUCAAUAUUGGGUUAAGUUUUGUUAAUUUCCGAAAUUUUCCAAUUGCUGACAAUCAAAUUAUUGUGUUAAGUGAUUGUUUUUAUGUGAUAAUAAUGUUUAUAUUGCAAUACAUAUUAUUUCUUGUCCUGUAA